AAAUCAUCGUCCGCCUAAAUCCAUAACACUCGACUUUUUCUUGUGACGAUUGCUGUUGCUACCACUCCCCCGGUGAUCUCACCUUGCGCAUAGCUUGCUUCUCAAUCCUUUGGAAGCAAGACUAAUUGGUUCUUUCUGUGAUUUGGGGCGUCUAUUCCUUUUGUCGGCAUGUCGUUGUCAAGAGCGGGAAUUUCAUCUCUGCGGGGCGGUUUACGGACGUCAUCUUACAUCCGGGGAUCUAUUGCGCUGGAUCGCACCUCAAUUUCCUCCUCUUUUUCGCACCGGAGAUAUCAUCAGGUGGCAAAGAAUGCCUCUGCGCGAUUGAAUGUCUUGAGAUUUCCGCGCAAUGCUGGUUUGAAGGAGGCGGCAGGGCGCCGCAGCUUCUCGGCCACAACUGCCGCAGCACACGGCCAUGUCACUCCGCCCAAGCCUGGCGAAGAGAUCCAUGUAACUUUUGUCGACAAGGACGGUGACGAGCACAACUUUGAGGUGGCCGAGGGAGAUAACCUCCUCGACAUUGCGCAGGCCAAUGACCUGGAAAUGGAAGGUGCAUGCGGUGGAUCUUGCGCCUGCUCGACGUGCCACGUUAUCAUCGAAGACCCGGAGAUGUUUGAUAAGAUGCCCGAGCCUGACGACGACGAGAACGACAUGCUCGACCUCGCUUUCGGUCUGACUGAGACCUCGAGGCUGGGAUGCCAAGUUAUAAUGAAGCCUGAGUACGACGGGCUUCGAGUCAAGCUGCCCAGCAUGACUCGGAACUUGCAGGCCAGCGAUUUCAGCAAGACCUAAGCCCUGCAAUUACGGUUGACGGGGACAGUAUGUGAUUGAGUCACUGUAUAAUAUUUAAUCUGUUGGAUGGCGCCUCUUUCUGCUGCCUGGCGUGAUCUGGAGCAUUUUGCAGCAUAUUUUGUUAGACAUUAUAGCGACUAGGCGGAAUGAGACAUGAUC